ACGGUUGUGCUGAACUGAUAACUUCGAGAUCCCUCACGCACCUAAUUGUUACGUCAUACGCCUACAGGCAAUGAAUACGCAGUGAGCUGGAAUGUCCGACCUUAUUUACUUUAUGUGGUUAACUUCCAUGGGCUGUUUGAGGUUGUUUAUUUGUAAGUCAGGAGGCCGGCUGGUCGAAGAAGGAUAUAAGAGUGAUAUUGGUUAGGUGUUAAAUAAUGCCCUAAAUGGAGAAUGUGAGUUGUGUUGAUAUAUAAAUUCCCUUCUAACAGUGUCUCUCUUGUAUUAAUUGUGGCGUCAAAAAUGUGGUGAUACUUGGCUACUUGCGCAGAAAUGCUUGUGUGCGGCAUUCGAAUAUGGAGCAGCAGAAACGGGACGUGGUGGAGUACUGCCGAAAGUUGCGCGUGUCUCAGCGACCACCAUACCACUGCCCCAACGCAAACUGCCUCAAGGUGUACCGCUCCAUUUGUGGCCUGCAGAGCCACCUGCUGACUGUGGACCACACUGGAUCCAGCACUCCAGCCUCAGGACGCAGGAAGGUGUCGUCACAGUUGCAUUCCCCCGCCACUGCGCAACUAUUGGAUACGCCUGCUGUGACGAGCCUGACCUACGCUGAGGCACAGAACACAGUGCAGUUUGAACUGGACGGCCGGCUGACACGCGUCAAUAUCCAUGAUCGUUUGGAGCUGCACUGUAUUGAUGCACAGGCAGAGCCAAGGCCAGGCACGGAGCUGCAGGUGGCAGAACUGCAGGACAACAAGUCCGUGUUCCCGGAGCCGCUGUUCCGCAUCCUGGACUCGUACGUGCUGAAGGACGCUCCUCCUAUGCCCUCGUCCUACAUCAGGUUCGUGGAGUGUCCCGCGGAGGAGCUGGAUGCUCGGGUGGAGUACGAGCUGGAUGAGCAGGACUGUGCCUGGCUGCAGCUCAUGAAUGAGCUGCGAGCCUCCAAGGGACUGCCCAAGGUGCGUGAGGAUGUGCUGGAACUGCUGAUGGACCGGCUGGAGAAGGAGUGCUACUUCCAGGUGCAGAGGCGCAACAAGGCUAGCGACGCAGACGAUGCGCCGCUGGGGGACGACGAUGCUGUGUGUUGCAUCUGCAUGGUGGGCGAGUGCCACGCGUCCAACGCAAUCCUGUUCUGCGACAUGUGCAACCUGGCAGUGCACCAGGACUGCUACGGGGUGCCGUACAUCCCAGAGGGACAGUGGCUGUGUCGUCGCUGCCUGCAGUCUCCGUCGCGAGCCGUCAGCUGCCUGCUGUGUCCCAACAAGGGCGGGGCCUUCAAGCAGACGGACCGUGGCUGUUGGGUUCACGUGGUUUGUGCCAUGUGGAUUCCUGAAGUGAGGUUCGCUAAUCCGGUGUUCCUGGAGCCAGUGGACAGCAUAGAGUUGAUCCCGGCAGCGCGCUGGAAGCUCACGUGCUACCUGUGCAGGAAGCGGGGGGUGGGCACAUGCGUCCAGUGCCACAAGACCAACUGCUACGUGCCGUUCCACGUGACCUGCGCGCAGCACGCCGGCCUCUACAUGCGCCUGAGCAAGUCCUGCACGGGCUCGACCAUGGACCCUGGCCCAGUGUGCGUGCAGAGGACGGUGUACUGCGGCACGCACUCCCCGGGAGCCACCCCCUCGGAGCUGAGCCAGCAGGCGGCCAGGAGACCCGCCAGCACCUGGCUGUCUACCUCCGUCUCCAUCCCCACCAUUCCUCUGGACAGGAUCCAGGAGAUAGCAUCAUUGGUGGAUGUGGAAAAGAAGAGCCAGUUUGUCCUGCGUGUCAUUGCAUAUUGGAGCCUUAAGAGACAGUUAUACAAUGGCGUACCUUUGUUGCGCCGUUUGCAGGUCUCAAGCAGCACACACGCUCCGAACAAACAGCCGGCCAUCACAGCUGAUGGGGGGGCAGAUCACAAGGGCGUGGUGCAGGUAACCAGGGUGCGUCAGCACAUGGAGCGAGCACGGCUGCUGUGCGAGCUACUGCGCAAGCGAGAGAGACUCAAGGCCAAGAUGUUCCGAAUGAAGGAGCGGUGCUUAGAGCUGGAGCUGCAGGCCCUCGUUUGCUUUCUGCGACGGCUCUGGGAGUUGAUUCAGGCCCGCGACAUCAACAACAUUUUUUCGGAGCCCGUCGAUACUUCCAAGGUAGCGGGCUACGCGGAAAUAGUGGCCCGCCCUAUGGACCUGAGCACCAUGCGAUCCAAGAUCGACAACUGGGAGUACCCUUCCCUGGACGCCUUCGAGCAGGACUUCGAUCUCAUGAUCGACAACUGCCUGGCCUUCAACGCCCGUGACACCAUCUACUACAAGGCGGGUGUCCGGAUGAGGAGUAAGUGCGGAGCGAUCCUCUCCCAGGCACGCAGUGACCUCGCCUCCAGCUGCAUAGACCCAGACACGGGCGUGUUGCUCUCCCUGACGACCAAGCAGCAGUGCCCGCCCUCUGCCGAGGAGAUAGCCAAGCAAGUGGAGGCCCUAGUGGAGCGAUGCAAGGUGCAGCCCAGCGCGGAGGACGUGUCGCAGCUGCAGUGCCUGCUGGGGGGUGCAGAGGACUUGGCGCGCGGCCCGGGCCGCUCCAAGCUCAUCCGCUCCAUCAAGUCACACUUGAAGAUAGCACGUCGCAAGCUCACCUUGGGCGCUGGUCCAGGCGUGUUGUCUAGGCGCAAGGCUCGCGCUGGUGCCAGAGGCUGCUACAAGACCGCUGCUUCCUCGCCGUAGGCUGGCAGCUCUUCCUUACAGAAUCUGACUACGCUUCUCUCAGUCAUACACCUAUUUCCUAUGCCAAACAUGUACUGCAUGUUCAUAAAGCUGUCAAAUGUAAAGCAUAUUUAUGUAUCUGUUCCUUAAAUACGUGUUACGACCUUGUUGGUGUGCCUGUAGUUUUACAGAGCUGUCACAAAUCUCAAGCACUUUUUAAAAGAAGUGACAUAUGUAUAACGUAUGGUUACCAAAUGCAUAUUUGUAUGUGCAUGAGGUAUCUUGUGUAUUUUUGUUUCAAAGUUGCCUGUUCUCUGGUUAAGGCUUUUUCCCACUAUGAAAUCUACUGCUGUUAAUUUUUAGCUGACAUCUAGAGUGGCAUACUGUUUUAAUGUGCAACACAGGCAGUGAUAGUUCUGUCACGCUCGAAGAAUGGCGGGCAUUGUGUUUGUUGUUAUUUGUUCCAGUUGAAUAAGAUAGUGUGGUAUUAAAUGGUUUACAAAUCUGUUGAUACUGUUUUGUUUCUGUGGCUUCAAACAUAAAGAUUAAAAUGUAUGAAAUUGCACCAUAUUGCAGUUAAAUAUCAGUAUACUCAUAAAAUGUAAUGCUAGUUUUGAAAUGUGUAGUUCACAGAGCUGAGAACCUACUAGUGGUGCAGUAGUUGGUCAGGGCAGCAGAGAUUCAGCGCUGUUGCGUCGCGGCUGUCGAGGAUCCGAGACCUGAGAAGGUGCUGAAGGAAUCAGCUCUCACCUAAAGCCAUUGCGUGUCGUAUCGUGUGAACUGUUGUUGAAAUUUUAUGUUAUGUAUGUAUGAUUGUAAAUUUGUUUGUGCUUAUAUUGCAUAUAUAAAGAAAAAAAGCUAUCAUAAAUUUAUUGCUGUUAAUGUUAUUGCUGUCAAUAUUUACUUCAUAAGUUUACAUAUGAAUAAUAUUUUAUAAUUAUAAAGUAUGCAGUAAAUAGUAAAGGAAUGUUGUUUACUUGUGCAGAGAUGCUAUUACUAUUUUCAUGUUUGUGAAAUUAUGUGAAAUGUUGCAUUUUACCAGUCUGCAGCACUCCUAGUUCGAGCUCAGUGAAGAUGGUGUCUGUUCUGUGGUUCACUACUGUUCAAGUAAACUUGUAGUUCUGUUGAAUGUUUGAUUAAACUUGUGUUUUCUGUA